ACGUGGCCAGCACAGGAUCAAUACAGCGCUAUGCCAGACGACGCGCCUCAACCACCUUCCAGUUUCUUCACUUCCACCGCCCAUUCGCUAUCCAGACUCACCCACUUCAUCGACGAGAACAUCAGGGUCAUACAGUAUGGGGUGUACUGCGUCGGGGUGGCGGGUGCUGUGGUGCUGCUGCACAGCGUGCGUGCGUUUACGAAGUUUACCAAGAUCCAAGACGUCCCAAAGGAAUUCAUCAGUAAGCACGUCAAGCUGCAUGGACACGUGCGGUGGGUGGGAGUGACGCCGCCCACUCCGCCCACCACGCCGCCGCACGCCCAAGCCAACUCCUCGCUGGCAGAAAAUGGAGCAAGGCCAACCCCGUUUUCUUCCGGAACAGAGACUGCAGGAAAGAAGGGCGGCGAGGGGGGCUGGGGCAGGAGCCUGAGUGUCGACAACCGGGGGAUCUAUGAAGGCGCGGGGGAACUGCAUCCAUGGGAGGACGGCAUCGACCCUGCUCUGGCCAGGAUCAACUAUAUGCAGAACAUGACGCCACUCUUCCUGCAGGUGGACCACUGCCCGGUGUUUGCUGUGCUGCGCCGCAAGACUGACCAGCUGCUGCCCGUCCAGCUGGCGGACGUCGAGGUGACAGCGGCGGGCCUGGAUCGAGCCAGCAGUUUGGUGGAUCGCCGUGUUUGGUUCACUCUCAUUUCCCACAACACUGAUGACGACACACUUGUCUGCUUUAUCAAACCAACCAAGGUAUUCGCGAAGAGUGUGAACGAGCAGCUGGUGCGUGAUGGCCUUGCUCUGGCAGGACCCAUGGACCUGCAACUGCACGGGGAUAAGCGGUACACUCAGCUGUACACCAAGCUGCUGAAAGCUCAGGAACACGCCGAGAAGAAGAAGUUGGGAAUGUGGAAGCCGUCUGAAGACAAGAAGGGGUUGCUAGCCCGCCUGUGGGGCAAAAUACGUGUCUUUGGUUCUAAAUAGCAGCUAUUCAGACGGUUCCCUUUCAUAAAUGCUCAAUCAGAAAGAAAAAUUGCUGUUACAGUAUAAGUGUGGAAUGACACUGCAUAUAAUUCUUAUUUUUUUGUGAACAGUUUUUUUCUUGUAAAUAUCUGCAUAGUUGAUUUUGUUAGCAUGGAUAGCUAUUAAUACUUGCAUAUACAUAGGUAUGUCUGCACAAAAGGCUGUGUUUUCUUAGUACAGUUCGAUAUGCAUCA